AUGCAGGAUUCCGUAGAGGAAACACAUGAACAGGUCGAACUUGCUCGUCACAACGUAUCCCUCUUUGAGUUGUCAAGCGAAGACAAUUUAAAGGUAAACAUAAUAAACGACGACCACCAAAUGGUAAAUCAUUACAAAAGGAAACUCGCAAAUAAAAAAAUGCAAACGGUUAAAUAUUUUGAUAUAGACAUAACGGACGAUUUAAACGACAUCAAUGAUGCCUUGUGCAAACCGAUAGGAUUGAACGAUGAAGACCAUGAGGAGGAUUACGUUGAAUUUAAAGUGAAAAAGUUUAUGUCAUCUUGCGGUGAAGAUUCAUACGCUAGAAAAAUUCUGUUAAACGAUAUGGACAUCACAGUGAAGUGCGUCCCCGGUGGAGACACGCCCACGGGGAUGGUGGAGCAUAGCCAAGAUGAUGAAAUCAACUGA